UGUUGAUAAGCUCGUCUGGUGGGUUUCUUCAACAGUCUUUCUUUACUUAACAUUUUUAGGGUUUUUCUUUCCAUUAUCACAUUGCCAUUUUACAUACAAUUUCCUCUCCAAAAACUUCAUAUUAUCACUAAACAUAAGGUUCGAUGGCCCGAGAAUGGACUGGGAUUCAGAAUUUUCCUCUUGCUACACAGACCAAGUUGCUUAAACUACUGACUACACUAAAGGAGAAGGAGAGGGACAGUGUCACAAUUCUUGUAAUGGGAAAGGGUGGUGUUGGGAAAUCAUCGACGAUAAACUCCAUUCUCGGGGAACGAGCAGUUGCGGUCAGUGCUUUCCAGUCAGAUGUCCCAAGACCUGUCAUGGUUUCCCGUGAACGCUCAGGGUUCACGUUAAACAUCAUUGACACACCCGGCAUUGUUGAAGGAGGAUAUGUCAAUGAUCAAGCCUUGGAACUCAUCAAAAGGUUUCUUUUGAACAAAACAAUAGAUGUUCUGUUAUAUGUGGACCGUCUAGAUUCCUACAGAGUGGAUAACUUGGAUAAGCAGAUUAUUAAAGCAAUAACAGAUAGUUUUGGUAAAGAAAUUUGGCAUAAAGGCAUUAUGGUGCUCACACAUGCUCAACUCACACCACCAGAUUGUCUCGGCUAUGAUGAGUUUUUUGGAAAGCGAUCUGAGGCUCUCCUUAAACUUUUGGACUCUGGGUCUCUGUUCAGGAAACGUGAAGUUCUGGGGCAUCAAGUUCCCGUGGCCUUGGUCGAGAACAGCAGCAGAUGUAAUAAGAAUGACAAUGAAGAAAAGAUUCUUCCAAAUGGUACUGCUUGGAUUCCCAAGAUAGUUGAAGUUAUCACAGAAGUUGCAACCAAUGGAAGUAAUAGCAUUGUGGUUGACCAAAAGUUAAUUGAUGGUCCGAAUGCAAAUGAAAGAGGAAAAGUAUUCAUUCCUCUCAUCUUGACUGCCCAAUACAUCUUUGUCGGUCUAGUUAAGAAAUGGAUCAAGGAUGAUAUCGCUAAAGCACCCAAGUCUUCUUGGGAAUGAGAUCUUGUUGCGCUGUAGUCAUCUAAGGAUAAAUCUUGUUUGAGUUGGUGAGUUAGAGACAGUUGUUUUCUGGCAGGUGGUUUUCAAUCUUUUGUAACUUAAUAUGAUGCUAUAUUAAAUGUUUUUGUCAAUUAAUGAUAUGUGAGGUUGCAUUUUGUCAAA